AAUUCCCACAAGUCGAGCUUUGAAGAUUGUUAUAUUGGCAACCAACUCCUUGAAGAAGAAGUCACAGUUAGUGAUAGGAAGACUGCUACUUGAGGACUAGCCUCAGUCCGACUCUUAAGUCUGAGGACUAGCCUCAGUCCGACUCUUAAGUCAGAGACCAUCUCGCUUUCUGAAAGGCAGGGCUAAUAGCAGCCCACAGCACAAGCUUGCCCAAGUCGAUGAUUUGCAAAGAAUUAAAAAUGGAUCCCCGAAGUUCUACCUUAGCCAGAGUGAGAAAAAUACCUCCCAGGCUCAGAAGGAUAUCAGAAAUUUACAGAAAAUAAUCACUGGGAAAAGGCUAUCUCCUUCUUCCAAAUUCAAAACCUCUCAGAAUCGAGUUGGCAAAUAUUCUCGAAAAAAUCUAGAAUGAAACAGCUGAGGAAUCCUUACUGGAAUCCUCAUCAGAUUGAAUCGAAGCCUCUUGAGGUAGUUAUAUUUGGAAAAGAAGGCAUGAGGACUCUCAAAUACUGCCACUGAUCUUCAGGGUGCAGACAAGCCUAUUGGGUACCUUUUGAAACUAUUUACGAUGCGAAUGCUUCGAUCCUGAACUAGGACUUUCUUAGAUAUAAUUACUCAAUUUCUACACAAAUAUCAAAGUUUGGCUGCUCA